CAUCGUCCAUGCCCUGAAGUGUGAGUGUGAGAACCUACAGAGAAAGAGAUAGUGUUUAUGUGUGCGUGUGUGCGUACACAUGCCCUCUCUCUCACAAAUGAUCUAAUCUCAUUUGCAAUUAGAGCUGAGUUCCCCUCUGAGAGGCUCUAAGUCUUAAUUAGAAAUGCUAAUAUUUCCUGGUCCGGUCAGCAUGACUCUCCUGUUAGCUACAACACAACAACUCAGUAACCUUCCCAAUGAUGUGCCCUUUCCCUCAUACACACACACACAGGGCUGGUUUAAAGAGCCAGCUUGAAGAAACACAGCAAACCCAACCAGUAUUCAUGUCUUAUUGUAUGAACUCUGUGUGGGCUGGAUUAUGUUAAUCGGGGGGGAGUGUGUGUGUGUGUGUGUGUGUGUGUGUGUGUGUGUGUGUGUGCGUGCGUGCAUGCGCGACGGAAACCCAGCUUCUCUAAUCACAUGGUCAUUGAUCGGGCUCAAAUGUUUUUGCCAGCAGCGGCAGAUCCUCUCUAACGGGCCGUUAAUGAAUGGCAGAUGGCUAUCGACCCAACUGUUGGCACGUUGACUGGCGGUUCUGCAUCUCUUUUGAUGUUUACAAGUAUUUUCUUUUUGAAUAUUGUAACAGCACACAUACAGUACCAGUCAAAAGUUUGGACACACCUACUCAUUCAAGGGUUUUUCUUAAUUUUUUUGUUAUUUUCUACAUUGUAGAAUAAUAGUGAAGACAUCAACACUAUGGAAUAACACAUAUGGAAUCAUGUAGUAACCAAAGAAUUUGAGAUUCUUCAAAUAGCCACCGUUUGCCUUGAUGACAGCUUUGCACACUCUUGGCAUUCUCUCAACCAGCUUCACCUGGAAUGCUUUUCCAACAGUCUUGAAGGAGUUCCCACAUAUGCUUAGCACUUGUUGGAGGCUUUUCCUUCACUCUGCCGUCCGACUCAUCCCAAACCAUCUCAAUUUGGUUGAGGUCGGGGGAUUGUGGAGGCCAGGUCAUCUGAUGCAGCACUCCAUCGCUCUCCUUCUUGGUGAAUAGCCCUUACACAGCCUGGAGGUGUGUUGGGUCAUUGUCCUAUUGAAAAACAAAUGAUAGUCCCACUGAGCCCAACCCAGAUCGCUGCAGAAUGCUGUGGUAGCCAUGCUGGUUAAGUGUGCCUUGAAUUCUAAAUAAAUCACAGACAGUGUCACCAGCAAAGUACCCCCACGCCAUAACACUUCCUCCUCCAUGCUUUACGGUGGGAACUACACAUGCAGAGAUCAUCCGUUCACCCACACCGUGUCUCACAAAGACACGCCGGUUGGAACCAAAAAUCUCCAAUUUGGACUCCAGACCAAAGGACUGGAAUCAAGCAGCCAAAUAAAUGUUUGGCUGGAAUCAACAUCUGGUGCAAGGCAACAGUGGAAUGAAAUGAGAAAUGCUUAAUACGUGAACUGUUUAAAGAAAAAUAACAUUUAUGCAUUCUCUGCUUCAAAGCCCUUUAGUGGGGAUUGUUUCAUUUGAGGAAAGUGCUUUGUGUGCAGUGUAAUGUGAAAAACAAUUUUAGGCUUAGCCGUCUUUUUGCCGUCAUCUGCUCUGUUUCAUUGGAGAUAUAUUAAUUUAAUAUGCCUAGUGGGGCUGUGUGCUAAUACUGUAGGUGUGUAUUUAUUUAAAGUGUGUGUUUGCUCAUGUGUGUGUUGGCGUGCGCGCGUGUUUCCAGUCCCCAAGGUGCAGGUGGUGGUGUACUCUACCUGCUCCUCGUACCCUGAGGAGAAUGAAGAGGUGGUGAGGAGAGCUCUGGAGCAGGCUGGGCCUACUGAGGGACCCAAACUACAAGUCUUCAGGUUAGUCUCGCUCUCGCGCUCUCUCUCUCUCUCUGUCUCUCUGUCUCUCUGUCUCUGUCUCUGUCUCUGUCUCUGUCUCUGUCAAUUCAAUUUCAAUUUCUCUCUCUCCCUCUCUCUAUUGCUCACCUCCUUCCUCCCUAUCUACAGCUCUCUGUCUCUCAAACUUUAGCACCCCAGGUAGGACCUAAAGGACUGCAAUUAGAGAUGAAAUCAUUAUCAGCUCCAAACAGAGAAACUCUUUCCUCGUUAUCUCGUGCAUAGUUUUCCCUGUGUGGAUAUUGUUCUUGAAGUUAGACUCUUUUACUCCAUCAAGCCAUCUUUUCCAUCAGGCCAACAGUUCUCUACAGCCCCAGGCUUAAACAGCUAUACCUAAGACUAUUGGUAGGGAUUGUAUUGACUUGUGGCCUGUGCCACUGAAGUACUUGUGCAUUUAUUAACUCUGUCUGUGUGUCUGUGUGUGCAUGUAUCCCUCACUGCAUGCGUUGUGUGUGACUGUGCGUGCGUGUUGUCCAGGCCGAGCUCUUCCUUACCCACAUCUCUGGGCCGAGCUGAGGAGAGAGCAGGGGGUCCGUUCUUCAGACUGGAUCCUUCAGACGAAACUAACGGCUGUUUCCUAGCUGUACUCACCAGAGAGGUAAGACAGAGAGAGAGAGACAGAGAGAGAGAGAGAGACAGAGAGAGAGAGAGACAGAGAGAGAGAGAGAGAGACAGAGAGAGAGAGACAGAGACAGAGAGAGAGACACAGGGAGAGAGACAGAGAGACAGAGAGAGAGAGAGACAGAGAGAGAGAGACAGAGAGAGAGAGACAGAGAGAGAGACAGAGAGAGAGAGAGAGAGAGAGAGAGACAGAGAGAGAGAGAGUGAAGACAGACCCCUGUUGUGAUACUUGUAAUUCACCAACCUUUUCUGAGUCAAGAUCACUUUCGCAGUCAAAAAGCGAGAUUUACCGCUCAGAUAAAAACAAACAAAAAAAGACUUACAAAAUGUAAGCCUAUGCAACAUUAACCUAAUAAAAACAGUUAUGUAGGAAUGAGGUUUGUGCAGUAGGCCUAGUACAUUAUCACAGCACAUUGGCUAUGCUUGGCCUGCCAAUACUGUUCUUCUCAGACCAUUUCAAAACUCGAACAAAAUAGAUCAGUUGUUGUAUCACUUGCGAGGCACAGCUGAGAAUAAAUUAAAAUAAUUUGCUUUUUUAUUUUACUGGACUGAUGGUACCUGCAUCUGAUGGACAGUCUCAGCAGGGGGUCCGCCUCUCACAGUCCCUGCUCUCUCCUUUCCUCCUCUCACAGUCCCUGCUCUCUCCUUUCCUCCUCUCACAGUCCCUGCUCUCUCCUUUCCGCCUCUCACAGUCCCUGCUCUCUCCUUUCCUCCUCUCACAGUCCCUGCUCUCUCCUUUCCGCCUCUCACAGUCCCUGCUCUCUCCUUUCCGCCUCUCACAGUCCCUGCUCUCUCCUUUCCUCCUCUCACAGUCCCUGCUCUCUCCUUUCCUCCUCUCACAGUCCCUGCUCUCUCCUUUCCUCCGGUGAGACUGACCAGAGAGAGGGGGCACAGUCACAUUAUUUCUGCCUCUUGCACAAAGUCAUGUUGUUCCUAUGACCAGAGAAAGUGAAAUAUUCCUCGAUAUUAAAAUAAACACAACGAGCUGCUAAUAAUAAAAACAAUGUUGACAGUGAUGAAUAAAAACAGUGUUGACAGUGAUGAAUAAAAACAGUGUUGACAGUGAAGAAUAAAAACAGUGUUGACAGAGUUGAAUAAAAACAGUGUUGACAGAGUUGAUUAAAAACAGUGUCGACAGAGAUGAAUAAAAACAGUGUUGACAGAGUUGAAUAAAAACAGUGUUGACAGAGUUGAAUAAAAACAGUGUCGACAGUGAUGAAUAAAAACAGUGUUGACAGUGAAGAAUAAAAACAGUGUUGACAGUGAUGAAUAAAAACAGUGUUGACAGUGAUGAAUAAAAACAGUGUUGACAGUGAUGAAUAAAAACAGUGUUGACAGAGUUGAAUAAAAACAGUGUUGACAGAGUUGAAUAAAAACAGUGUCGACAGAGAUGAAUAAAAACAGUGUUGACAGAGUUGAAUAAAAACAGUGUUGACAGAGUUGAAUAAAAACAGUGUCGACAGUGAUGAAUAAAAACAGUGUUGACAGUGAAGAAUAAAAACAGUGUUGACAGUGAUGAAUAAAAACAGUGUUGACAGUGAUGAAUAAAAACAGUGUUGACAGUGAUGAAUAAAAACAGUGUUGACAGAGUUGAAUAAAAACAGUGUUGACAGAGUUGAAUAAAAACAGUGUCGACAGAGUUGAAUAAAAACAGUGUCGACAGAGUUGAAUAAAAACAGUGUUGACAGAGUUGAAUAAAAACAGUGUCGACAGAGUUGAAUAAAAACAGUGUCGACAGUGCUGAAUAAAAACAGUGUUGACAUGCAGAAUAAAUUCUUAAACAUGAGCUCACUCAUAAGAAACAGCAGCUCUUUGCUGUAUUCUUUGACAGUCUCUCUCUGGUCAUGGUUUUAAAAGGCUAGUAUGCUGUGGGCUCGUGGAAGCUGUAGGCAUGAUGAUUUGAGCUAUCCGAUUGGCCAGCGCAGUAGGCACACUUGAUUUAGCCACAGCUCUCCUGGUCCGCCCUUCAGACAAAUUAUAUGGUUCAAAAUGGGAACAAUUUGCCUACCCGGCGCGCAGGGCUUCUGAAUCAAGUGCAUCUACCGCCAACAGCCCAAUACAAAAUAAAAAGGAUCACAAGGCUUUAUCGUUGGCUUUUCUAGGGAAAUGUUUGGUGAUCGACUAGGAAUGACUUGGCGAUCGACCGGUUGGUGACCACUGAGCUAGACUGUGUAUUCCCCUCUGAGAAGACCCAAUGUGCUGUUUAUUAUCAUAUAACUAUCCCACCACUAUCAUCAGCAGUAAGGCCAAUGUCCUCACCCAUCUGAGCCACUGGGAGAAACGGAUUUAGCCCUCUGCUCCUAGAAUGCAUUGAGUGCUCUCUCCCAAGACUCUAUAGACACAGGGAAAGUCCAGCCUCAGUGCUGAACACUACAGGGUGGAUUUUAACGCUACUGUCUGUAUACAUGUUUGGCUGCAGACUUGUUUGUUUUCUUAGAGCUGGAAGAAGAGAGGGAGAAAAAAACCCCAUGAGUCACCCAAACCAGACAGAGAAGAAUUCAGACAGAGAAGAGUUUGGUUGAGAAAGGCAGCCUGCUUCAUGUAAGAAAAAUACACUGACAAAAGAGAACAUGCUUGUCAUCUCUUGUGAGUGUCUGAAGGAGUUUGGAAGUUUACAAAGUCUAGAACAUUUUGGAUGUUUUGGCAGGUGGAAAGAGGGUUUUGGGUGCUUAGGAAGGGAGGGAGGUGAAGCGUAGAGGAGGGAGGGUGAGGUGAGGUGGAGGGGAGGUGAAGUGAAGGGGAGAGGAGGUGAGGUGGAGGGGAGGUGAGGUGAAGGGGAGAGGAGGGAGGUGAAGGGGUGAGAUGAAGGGGAGAGGAGGUGAGGUGAAGGGGGGGGGGGCGGUGAAGUUUUUAGGUAGGUGAACGGGUGAUGAAGGGACUAGUGGAGGAGGGCGGAGGAGAUGAGGACGUGCUGUGAAGGUGUGGUUGAAGGUGGCGGUCGGGAGUAUAAGGGGGAGGGGAGGUGCGUGCGGUGGACGGGCGUUCUAGGGGCGGAGGGCAGGGUGAGGGCGGGGCGGUGAAGUUGCGGGCGAGGGGGUUGGGCGGGGAGGUCUCUGGGAGAGGAGGGGCGGUGAGCGUGGGGGGGGGGAUCGGAGGGGGGUGAAGGGCAGAGGGGGAGUUAAGACAGUUUGAAUGAGAGACAGGGAGUAAGCAGAAAGCUGACAUCAUGGCCUCUGUGUGCGUGAGAGAGGGAAAGGCAGAGCUUCAGUUGAGAUCAGGUGAAACUGAGAGCAGAGAAGAUGACAGGUUCUAGGUCAUACCCCUGAGAGGAAGACCGAGGGGGAGCGAGAGGAGGGAGGGUGAGGAUGGAGAGAACAGAAGGCUAGAAGGACUGCGUGUUGGGGCACAGAAAUAGGCGGCAGGACGUCUUUCCAUCUACUACCUGAGGGAAGCAAGAGAUAGAGUGCAGAGCGAGGGAAGAGGUAGAAGAGGAGAUGAUGGUAAAAGAGAGAGAGAGAAAGAGGAAGAUCUGAAGGUGAAAAGAUCAGCAUUGAGGUCAUGAAGACAGACAUGUACAGCCUUGAAGGUAGAGCAGAGCAGCAGUUGGAGAGGGGGAGGAGGAGGGGGAGAGGAGAUCAGAAUGAAGGAGAGAAGAGGGUGAAGGAAGGAUCAGAGGAAGAAGACAGACCUGAGAAUGGGUGACCGAAACGAGAGGUUGAGAGGAGGAAGGAGGGAGAUGAAAGAAGAGGGCUGUUUUGGAGAGAGAGAGAGAGAGAGAGAGCAGGGCUGCUAUAGAAGAACUGUAGAGCAGUCAGAACCUAUCUAAUGACAAUACAGAGGCUGAGCACUUAGCUACAGUCUGGUCCACACACACACACUCACACACACACACACACACAUAGUCUUGUACAACUAACCUUGUGGGGACACACAAUUCAGUCCCAUUCAAAAUCCUAUUUUCCCUAACCCCUAACCCGAAAACCUUAACCCUAACCCUAAACAUAACCCUAGCUCCUAACCCUAACCCUAAAACUAACCCUAGCUCCUAAACCUAAUUUCAACCCUAACACUAAUUCUAACCUUAACCCUAAACUCCCUUGAAAUAGCAUUUUACCUUGUGGGGACCAACAAAAUGUCCCCAGUUGGUCAAAUGUUUGUUAUUUUACAAUUAUUGUGGGGACUUCUGGUCCCCACAAGUAUAGUUAAACACACACACACACACACACACAGACACACACACACACACACACAGACACACACACACGUCCAGUAGGAGAUGCUCCGUUUCGUCUUUCAUUCUCUAUGUUCUUUGUACUGUAGCUGUAAGAAGUAGAACCAGAGUGACAGACAGUACAGACCAAAGUGUAAAUGUGUCAUACAUGAUCAGAAAUCACAUCAUGUGCUGUGUACUGAAUACUAUAAUGCAUGGUACUGCCAGGAGGUUCUCAUCCAGAGAACCCUAUGGAAGAGGAAGUGUAUGUUGAUAUCUGCUUAAGUUCAAUUCUGUCAUCAUUUUUGGGGGGAUUCAGUUCAAUGCCGUCAUAUUUUCUGAGAGUAUUAUGAUGAUUGACUUGGCUGUCUAUGUUGAUGUGGAAGAGUGGAGAUGUCUUUCUCUCUCUGUUCUCCUCAGUCUCUCGUCUAUUUUCUAUCUCCCAUUCCCUCAAUGCUGUUCCUGUCUUCUUCUUUCACAUCAAUUAAACCAAACUCUUUCUUUUUGUCUUACAGUCUCUCUCUCAUGUAAUCUCUCAUGCAAUGUCGAUCUCUCUCACACUAACCACUCUCACACAUUCCUCUCUCCCUCGUUCUCUCUCCUGCAGUUUCUCUUCAUCACACUCUCUCCUGCAGUUUCUCUCCAUCCCAUUCUCUCCUGCAGUUUCUCUACUCUCUCUCCCUCUGUAGGUGGGUCUUAAGUGAGACUUCAGUCACGGCAGCUUAGCUGUGCUUUACUGGGCUUUAGCUGCUAAGUGUGGUGCAGUGGAGUAAUGAUGAUGGAGCAGCUACUUUCACAGAGCCACAGCCACCGUACCGCUAGCCUAGCUUCCUGCCUGCCUACCUAGCUUCCUGCCUGCCUACCUAGCUUCCUGCCUGCCUACCUAGCUUGCUGCUUGGCUGCUUAUGGACCCACGGUCGGCCACACAGGCCCCUAUAAUCCAAAUUACCAAGCAUGGCCACAUUUAGGAUAUUCCUCCACAUAAUGAAACCUGCUCUACUCUACCGUUUACGACACACUGGAUUAUUAAGCAAUUUUCUCCCUCUCUCUCAGGGUGUGACGGAGUGCUCUCUCUCUCCCCCCCCUCCAUCCGUCAAAGCAGCAUCUGUUCAUCCCCCUGUCAGCCAUCACAUUUAUACCUCCACAGACAGGCAUGAAAAGAUAAUCAAACUGCCGUAAUAGCACCUCAAACAGGUUUCUUUCCACCUCCAAUAAACUCAGCUAAUCAAAAGUUAUUGUGGCACUCUGAAAAGCGCCGUAAAAAUAGCAAUUAGAUAAGUGUGGGAAUGCAAUUUCACUGGGAGCGGGCGUCACAUUGGGCCCAGUAAAAUCAUUUUAUGAGGUUUUCAUACAAGAACAGCUAGGGACAAUAAACUCUGUGUUGAGACUGUGAUGUGUCUGGACUCUGGACUCCUGCAGUGGGACUGUCCACAUCACAUCACAGGUUUGCAGUGCUCUUAAAUGUCCCCAUAUAGAGAGACGGUUAGAGUUGUGUCAUACACAGACAGAAUUUAGAAUUAUGUGCGGGUUUCUUUUAGCUUUUAAGUAGGCAAGUAGAAUUGCACAGCAGAGGUGGGAGUUUAAAUUCUGCCUAGUUAUCAGAGGUGCGGUGAGAAUGGCAGAACUGGGUCAAACAGUUUGUGGUACGUAGAAUAUGGUUGUUUAGGACCUAUGUUGUGUAUGGUGGUGUUUGGGGUUUGUUGCUGCACACAAGUUUAGUAGUGUGCCCAGGUAGAGAGGAUGAUUUGUAGCCUCCUGUAGCUCAGUUGGUGGAGCAUGGCGCUUGCAACGCCAGGGUUGUGGGUUCGAUUCCCAUGUGGGGCCAGUAUAAAAAAUGUAUGCACUCACUAACUGUAAGUCGUUCUGGAUAAGAGCGUCUGCUAAAUGACUAAAAUGUAAAAUUAUUUUAAGAGGCUUGAACAGAAGUGAGGGGAGAUGGGGCGGAUGUGAGAUUGAGGAAGGAGAGAAGAGGAGAAAGGGAGGUAAAGGAGGAGAGGGGGAGGGAGAGAAUCUGUUGAAUAAUUCAGCGCCCCCUGUCUGUGUGAAUUAGCAUUAACACAGUCAGUGUAACCCCAAAAGACCCUCCCGUACACAUCUGCACAACAACUCAAAUGUACACACACACAAACACUCACAUACACCACACACCCUCACAUUCUCUCAGGAAGUGUGAAUUAUUCAGUUGGUGGGGAGAGGAGAGCUGUGUGGGUUGGUGCUGUGACAGCAGGUGACCCUGCAGCAGGAAGAAAGGACAUGGUGCCUCUCUCUCCUCUCUAAAGUACUAUUUACAGAUUACUUGGCGCUCAUAAAACACUCAUCUUUACAUUGCAUAGACUCUGUUUGCAUUGCAAAGUACUGUAUAUCCAACCUCUUUUGCCGUAAAAUGAUCACAUGGUUUAAACUUGUUCCAGUAUCUCCUCCUUACUCUCUCCAUGUUCCUUUCCUGACAGCCCGACCUGGAAGAGAUCGAGUCUGCACAGGAAGUGCUUGCCAGGGCAGCAGCCACGGGCCUAUUGGACGGGAUCGAUUCCAACAAUCCAACCAGGAAGGAGAGGCGUGGCCGACAGACCCACCAGGCACCAAUCAGUCACGGCCGCUCAGCUAAUACACGCCCACACGCCACCGCCAGCAGCCAAUCCAGAGUCAUGGAGUUCCUGAACCGUGAGACCAAGGGUAGUAGCUCCGCCCCUACGGUGGGGUCGACCAAUGGAGGUCUGUUGCAACGAGGUCAGUUCGUUCACACACACACAGAUUCACUCCUAACACACGUCUACUCAACAGCUCUUUCUAUGUCGUACUAGUCCAAAGGCCAAGCGCUAUCUCACUCACUCUCUUCUCCAUCUCUUCCUUUCGCCUAAUUCCUCUCUCUCACACUCCGCCAUCCCCCUCCUCCUCUAUCUCUGUCCUCUAGGUAAAGCCAAGCCUGCUCGCCGACGCCCUCCCAACCCUUCCCUCUCCAACAGUACCUCCUACACCUCCCCUUACUCCGGCCCCUAACCCCGCCUCCAUCCCCUCCAGGAAGAAUCUGACCCGCCUCAUCAACACUGCAGCCGCAUACAACAACCGCCACUCGCCCACCGCCACCAACCCCCCUGCUGCCCCUUCCACCACAGCCCCCUCCGCCCCCCUGGUCAACCCCGGUCCCCCUAAGGGUCGUCAGGAGGUGCUGCGCCCCGUAGCCCUCACCCUGCCCCCGGUCCUGUUCCCUGGGUACUCCCCCCCGGCCAGACAGAUCCAGAACCUCCCUCCGUCCCCCCAGAGGUCCAACCCCACCCUGGCCUACUACCAGUGGAAGACCUCACCCCCCCAGGUGCUCCUGGUCAAGUCCUCUGGUAGUGUCAACGAAAAGCCUGUC